AUGAUUUCGUUUUACGCAAUUCUCUUUUACAUUUUCUAUUCGAUUCCACUCUUUGCAUACACUUUGCUGGUCGCCACCUGUAACAAAGCCAGCAACAACAACGACAAGCUGAAGAAUUCUUCAAUUUCAGAAAAGGAACGUGUCGAGGAUGAGGAGAACUCGCAGGAUCGACCAGUUCCCUCGCCAUCAGACGAAAAAGUAGGAAGCGAACUGGAUGCAGAAGCGAAUUCGGAAAAUGAUGACAAAUCGGACAACACGGUGAAUGCAGCUAGCUCAAAGGAAUCGGUGACCGAAAUGAAGACAGCCAAUGAACCAUUGCUCAAAUCAACGUCCGAGCCCCAUACACAGGAAAUUUACGUGCCGAUCGGAGCUGCUACGAGUCGGCCCGAACGCAAGAGCAUCCUCUGCAAGCCGAUCAAAGUCACGAAACAACAGAAAAUCGCUCACAAUGUGUCUUUCAAAGGAAACGAAAUUGCGGCAUCU